GUGGGCUGCCAUCCCAGCUGUUGGACUGUCCGUCAGUCAGUUCUCUCUCUCUCCACCUCUUUGCCUUCCUUCCUCGCCUUCUCUCUUUCACUCCCAACUUCCAGCCAAAAGGUGAGAAUGGAGGGCUCGGUGGAAGCAGUCCCGAUAGUGGCCCCAAAGCCUGAUCCAGUGUCCCCCACCCCAGAUGAAAUCUCUGAAGGCCAGACAGAUGCUCCCCCUGAAGCCCAGGCCGCAGCCCCUGGCUCCACUGGAGACACCCUGGGAGAGCUGAGCAAACGACUGGAGGACAUCCUCUGCACCUACGGCUCAGCUGCCAGCCUUCUAGACAAACAGACUGCUGUGAUGGCACCAGAGAAAGAGAAGAUGGCGGAGAAGUCAGGUGAUGAUGUCACAGUUACCACAGGGACAGAGCCUACUGUCCUCAUGCAGGGUCUGGACAAACUGUCUUCCCCAGAUGAGAAACUGGAAGCUUUGGUCAAGAUGUAUGUUGAACUGGCAGAGGUGAGGCAUAUGGAUGAGAGGAAGCUGUGUGACCUCCAGCAGAAGUUGUCCUGUCUGUCCAGAGAUCAGGAGCAGCUGCAGACUGAAUGUCACAGAGGUCUGCUGGCCCGAAGAGAACUGGAGGAGCUCUGCCAAGAUCUACACAAACACAACAGGACUCUAAAGGAGGAGACCCUGCGACGCCGCAGGGAGGAUGAGGAGAAGAGACAGGAGAUCACGAGUCACUUCCAGAAGACACUUACGGAGAUCCAGGCGCAGAUUGAGCAGCACAGCAGCCGCAACACCAAGCUGUACCAGGAGAACGCCUACCUGGCCGACAAACUGGAGAGCCUCAUGAACCAGUAUGAGCGGAGAGAGGAGAGUUUGGAGAAGGUUGGUAAACACCGUGAACUUCAGCAGAAGCUCACCGACACUAAGCUGGAGCAGGCCAACGCUCUGCUGGCCGAGGCCGAAGAGAAGCACAGGCGAGAGAAGGAAUAUUUGCUUAGGGAGGCUAUUGACAAAACAAAGAAAUGCUACGCUAUGAAGCAACAGGAGCUGGCCAUGAAGAAGAAGCUCACCCUUUACUCUCAGAAGUUUGACGACUUUCAGAUCACACUGGCCAAGAGCAACGACAUCUUCGUCACCUUCAAACAGGAAAUGGAGAAGAUGUCAAAGAAGAUGAAGACAUUGGAAAAGGAGUCCGGUAUUUGGAAAACGAGGUUUGAGAGCUGUAACAAGGCUCUUGCUGAUAUGAUUGAAGAGAGAUCAGAGAAAGGGAAAGAGUUUGAUUUGUUUGUGUUGAAGAUUCAAAAGUUGGAGACGUUGUGCCGUGCUCUGCAGGACGAGCGAAAAUGCCUCUAUGAAAAGAUCAAGGAAGUUCGCUAUGUCAACUCUGGCUUGUCAUCCAAGCUUCCCGCUACUGAAACUCCAUCCCAAGAUGAACCCACCGUUCUAGAGGAUACUCCCAAAUCUCCCCCCACAGCUUCAGCAGAGCUCCUGGAAGAGGACCAAGUCCUGACUGAGAACAUGGCCCGUCUGAAAGCUGAACAGGCCAGGCUUCAGGAGUUUGCUGCCGCUCUGCUGAGCUCGUCUGCCGACUCUGAUGAUGACGGCAAUAAUUUGGACCCGGAAGAGGACGUUUUGAGCUCAGCAUUGGUCCAAUUCACACAGCAGACCCAGCUCAAUAAGGAGCCCAGAGAGAUAUCAGCUCCUGAGCAGGUCGAGGAAAAACCAGUUGUAGAUCAAAUAUCUGCAAAACCAGUUCCUUCAGAACAAGUUAAAGCAGAGCAGGUCCACAACCAAGCUGAGGGGGCACCAACUCAGGUCUGUGAGGCGACACAGUCUUUAACACUGCUAGAGGCCCCACAGCAAAAUUCUGAUCCAGCUUCCUUUUCAACCCCUGUUGAGUCAAAGGAAAACACAAGCAGCACGUCUCCUGAAGCCUCAAACCCACAGCCACCAACCGAUACCUCCAAGGAACAGUUGACAAAGAAGAACAUCAAGAAGACUAGUUAAACUUCAAGGUGUGUGAAUGUGUUUUGUGUUGGGAUGGAGAGGGUGAGGAUUCAUGUGUGCAGAGGUUUUGAUUUUUGGACGUAGUGUGUGCGUGCGGGUGCGCUUGAAAUUCCACCUUGUUGUUUAAAGGUUUGGUUUGUUACCAUUGGUGCAACUGCUUUAGUUCCUAAAGGGCAAAUACAUCUUAAAUGAUUGCAAUUACCAGGAAGUCCUGUCUGAAGUCAAAUGCCCUACUUGUGGCUGAUUGAGUAGAGUAAUCAUAAUUAUCUUUGUAGCCGGACAUAACAAAAGGGCCACACACUAAAUGCUUUGCCUUGUUUAGGGAUAUUACCAACAUGUACCCAUAGGAAAUAUCACCUGCAUGUACCCAUAGGAAAUAUCACCUACAUGUACUCAUAGGAAAUAUCACCUACAUAUACCCAUAGGAAAUAUCACCUACAUGUACCCAUAGGAAAUAUCACCUACAUAUACCCAUAGGAAAUAUCACCUACAUGUACCCAUAGGAAAUAUCACCUACAUGUACUCAUAGGAAAUAUCACCUACAUGUACCCAUAGGAAAUAUCACCUACAUGUACCCAUAGGAAAUAUCACCUACAUGUACCCAUAGGAAAUAUCACCUACAUAUACCCAUAGGAAAUAUCACCUACAUGUACCCAUAGGAAAUAUCACCUACAUAUACCCAUAGGAAAUAUCACCUACAUAUACCCAUAGGAAAUAUCACCUACAUAUACCCAUAGGAAAUAUCACCUACAUGUACCCAUAGGAAAUAUCACCUACAUAUACCCAUAGGAAAUAUCACCUACAUAUACCUAUAGGAAAUAUCACCUACAUAUACCCAUAGGAAAUAUCACCUACAUAUACCCAUAGGAAAUAUCACCUACAUAUACCCAUAGGAAAUAUCACCUACAUAUACCCAUAGGCUGCAUGGAAACUCUUUUCUGCCCGAAACUACAAUGAUGUAGCUCAAAUAAAACCGUUUUUGGACAUA